UUACUGACAGCGCACUUCACUCCGUCAAUAAUGUCUAAGUUCACGUCAUUCACGUUCACGUGCUACCCUAGCGCCACCGGACCUGCCAGCUGGACACUUUGGCAACAGGGUUAUAACCGCGAAAAUCGAAAUUCGCAAAUUGUGGACAUUUUUUUCGGUCAUUCUAAUUACGCCUCAUUGGAGUAAAAAAGAAAGAUCCCGCAAUUUGCGAAUUUCGGUUUUCGCUGUAAGCACUCCGUUUUCCCAUAAGAGAUUGUUCUCCUUACCUCUACCCUCCAUAGUUACCAACAAACGGUGUACUGUUCAGUCACUCGCGCCAAACUAUUGUGAUCUCUAGUUAGACUUCUUUCUAUUUCCUUUUUCUUUCCCGCUCCAAUAUCGCAGUAUAUAAUUCUGCUCCAGUUUCAAUCAAAAUUAGAGUUUGCUAGUUAAAAAAACGGAACGCACAAUUUGGUUGUGGAGAAUCCCCCUUAAAUUCAGAACAAUACGAACGGUUUAUAAUGACUUCAUUCAUUGUUCUGCACUAUAUUCUUACUUUAGUCAUUGAGAGACUAAAAAUAUAGCAACUAAUACAAUUUAAUUUAGUUUUAGUUGUUAAGUUAAAAAAAGGAAAAAAUUAUAAUGGAAAGUACAAUGCAAUUAUUAUUUUUAGUGGUGCUUUUAAAAGUUAUUUUUGCUCAAGAUGACGAUGAAGCAGCACUUAAAUCUUUUGCUUCACAAUUGAUGUCGCCACUAUGCAAACAACUGCCAGAGUUUCAGAAAGAGCCCAAAGAAUGCUGCAAUAUUCCAGAUCUUUUCUAUCCGGAAACCUAUGAAGGAUGCAUGGGGGCAGAAGAAGAAGAAGAAGAAGAAAAGCCGAAAGGACCCAUCACUCGUGGAUCACCUGAGUGUGCAAAAGAAACUUGCUAUCUCCGGAACAACGAUUUGCUGUUCGACAACAAUAAGAUUGACGUAGAAUCCGUCAAACAGUACCUGGACGAGUGGGUAGCGAAGAGGAAGGAGUAUAUGCCCGCAGUUAAUGCUGCUAAAGAUAACUGUCUUGGCAACAUCCCUAUGUUUGGACCCAAAGAGAUGUGUGACGCGAGCAAACUCAUGUUCUGCAUCACCUCUAAUUUCUUGUCUAAAUGUCCUAGCUGGCAGGAAACUGAAGACUGCACUGCAUUACGAACAUUUCUCGAAAGCUGCCUGCCCUAUUGCCAUCCGAGAUGGCCAAAAUUGAUCAAACUCGCGAUGCGCUAUGGCAAAAUCAGGAAAUGAAAUAUAACUCCUUUGUGAUUUUGGGUUUUCUGGAAAUUGUUUGCCCGGGCUAUCAAUUUUAAAAGCAUUUUUAGCAUCCUCAAAUACUGCAAUCUCUCACUUUGUUGGCAAAGGCCUUAAGAUAUUUCCUAUGAGACCAGGUCAGACAUGCUAUGAGUGCAUGCCAAAAAGGCUGAGGAAGCCACACUGGAAAUUUUGCGAAUUCCUAAACCUCGGCUAAUUUUGAGUAAACGAUUCGUGUGACUAAUCAUUUUAGAUAUAGAGUUAGGAAUAUAACUGGUAAAAGAAUCUUUAAAUAUAGGAGAACCCAUAAAGCAAAGAGAAUCCUUGUCUACUAAUUUUAUAUUAGGAGCCAGACCCUCAAAUCUGGAGCACGGUAGUGCCCCCGCCAAGUUGAGCAAAAAAGCGGCACGGCACCAUCCUCUUCUCAUAGCAGUUCAGGCUAUUUUUGACUACUUGGUAUUACAUGGAUCUCACAACUUUUUAGGGUAGAAGAAAGUUGCAAGACUUGUUUUUUUUUUACAAGUUAUGUUUUUAAUGACAUUUGGAUUUUAAGUCGGUCAAAGUACAAGAAGAUUUUUUGAAUAAAGAGUAUGCAUUUGCUGAAAUUCAGUUCCAAACCAAUAUUUUCGAAACUGCUUAAAAUACAAAUCAGAGAGCACAGUAUUCACGUCGCCUCCUCGGGUUCCGUCAUCUAAGUACCAGACGUUGAGUUGAAUUUUGAUUUCAAUUUUUUAAUAAUUGGAUUUUUAGCCAAACUAAAAAUGGCUGGCCCGAGAGGGUCACCCUACUGACAGCCAACCUCAGAAGAUAAUUCAUGUGACUUAAUUUAGUUUUAAGUAUCCUUAAGUUUUUAUUUUCUUAACUGUAAUCUAUGUGCGUAAAUAAACAAAGGUAUUAUUGUGUAAAUAAAAUAAAUAUAUAUCUUUUA